ACUAUUGAUUAUUAAACUACUUGUAUUCUCGAAUUCCUUUGGAUAUAUUCAGUAUCAUCAUCAUCAUCGGUUUAUGGCAAUUGCAGCUUCGACCUCAUCCUCCAUCAUGAGGAUCAGCCAUAGCUACCACAACCUCGACGACGACGACGACGAGAGGAAGCAGCCGCCAGCAGAGGCAGCAGAGGACGACGACGGUCACGAGCAGGACGUGGUGAUGCCUGGGUUUCGCUUCCACCCAACUGAAGAAGAACUGGUUGAGUUCUACCUUCGCCGUAAGGUUGAGGGCAAGCCUUUCAAUGUUGAGCUCAUUACUUUCCUCGAUCUUUAUCGGUAUGACCCUUGGGAGCUUCCUGGUUUGGCAGCGAUUGGGGAGAAGGAAUGGUACUUCUAUGUGCCGAGAGAUAGGAAGUAUCGGAACGGUGAUCGGCCGAACCGGGUGACUACUUCUGGGUAUUGGAAGGCUACCGGAGCUGAUAGAAUGAUCAAAACAGAUGGAUUCAGAUCCAUUGGGCUCAAGAAAACCCUAGUCUUUUAUUCCGGUAAAGCUCCUAAAGGGAUCCGAACCAGUUGGAUUAUGAACGAGUAUCGCUUGCCUCACCACGAAACCGAACGAUAUCAGAAGGCUGAGAUAUCUCUUUGUCGAGUGUACAAGAGACCAGGCGUGGACGACCAUCCCUCUCUCCCUCGUUAUCUCCCGACAUCAUCAUCAAGAGCUUCACAUCAUAAUUCACACAGCAGCAAGAACAAGCACAACGUCAACCAAUUAAUGGCUCAUCAGAACAUCAGAUUCCUAGGACAACAAACGGACCAGGUUGUCGAUAAAAUGAAUCAAACUCACCUGGAAAACAGUCCAAGUGAUGCCGACAAGUACAACAACAACAACAAUCUGCAGGAUCAUCAGGACGAAGCGUUAAUCCUCAUGCAGCAACCAAAGCCGCAGCAAGCACAAACUCAACCUACAGAACCUGGAGCCUCCUCCUCCUUCUUCCCCGAAGGCUCCACUACUUCUAAUUCUUCCUCAUUGCCAUCAAACGAAAAUCUCAAUACUGCAAUAAUGGUGGAUGACCAUCAUCUCAAUCGGCUAGUGAGUUAUAAUCAGCAGUUACAGCACUACAAUAACAUUUAUGCUUCUGCAGUUCCUCCUCCUGCUCCUUCUCAAAGUCAUCAGCAAUAUCAGCCCUACAUGCAGUUCUCUAAUAUUCUGAUGCAGCCCCAGCAAUCAACAUCGAUGGCUCUUAACAAUUCGCUUCCAAGCUCUUUCUCUGAUAGAUUGUGGGAGUGGAAUCCAAUUCCUGAGGCAACAAACCGAGACUUCACCAGCAUGUCCUUCAAGUAAUCAUACACAUACAUUAUACUAUAUAUGAAUAUGGAGACAAUUUAUAUGUGCUGAUUUAUCAACACUACAUAGUAUCUAGCUACUUCCCUUAAUUUUGUUAAUCUUUAAUGUGAUCUUAAUUGUUAGAGAUUUGAAUAACUUAUUAUAUAUUGUAUGACUCAUAUUGGGCAAAUUAAUUAUUGUUCAGGGCAUUAUA